GGCAGGCAUUCCAACCCUAUUAAUAAUUCGUCUUCCCCAUCAUUCCUUCUCCUACCAAACCUCUCUCCUCCCUCACCUCGAUCCACAGCUUCAGAUCAUCCGUCGUCCGUCCAUGGCCGAUCACCAGUUCCAGCCAGGCAGCAGUUGGUGGAGCUCAGCAGCAGCCCCCUGCCGGCCCGACGUCGUCAGCCUCCCGGCCAUGCCUUCCUUCGUCAGCUGCUCCACCGUGCUCGGCAGAAGCCUCGACUAUUGUGACGAGAUGACCACGUCGCAGUCGCCGUCGGUCUCAAAUAGCUCGGUCACCUUUCAGGGCCACCCUUCCGUUCUGACCACUGCCGGCCUCCCCAUGGACCAUUUCCCCUCCCACGAGUGGAACCAUGGACCUUUCUGCGGAGCGAGAUCGGAGCACAAUUUCCACGGCUUGCCCCAAGAAGAUGUGAUGAUGACGAUCUCCGGCGUCAAUAUCGACAUGGAUGGCUCAUCCUUUUCGAGCACCACCAACAGUAUCAAUCCAUUGAGGAACCCUAUGAGCCACGCUUUUCUGGAAGACCACAGCGACAGCAUCAUCAUCAACCCUCUCGUUCCGCCCUCCUUCGCGCCGCCUUACGCCUUCCUGCACGGCCUCAAUCUCGAGCAAGAUGGUGGAUCGUCACAGACUUCUUUCGAGGAGGACCGGACGAUUCGACUGACGGCAGAGCAGCAGCAGCAGCAGCAGCUUCAGUUCUCCAAUGAGACUUUCUUCUGGAAUCCCAUCACGGUGGCUGCCGGCACUGAGCACCAUGCUUUGAGGCCUCCUCCUCCUCCUCCUCCUCUGCCCCUCCAUAAUCAAAGCUCAAAUGGUGGCUACAACAGUAGCCUUCUUAAGGCAUCUUCUAAUUCAGGAAUCAAUGCUUCCAUGGAAAGUAGGAAAAGCAGUGAACCAUCGCUCAAGAAGACUAGAAUAGAGGCUCCCUCCGCGACCUUCAAGGUGAGAAAAGAAAAAUUAGGAGAUAGAAUCACUGCACUCCAACAACUAGUCUCACCUUUUGGGAAGCUUAAUGUCUCUAGCACCAUUAAUGCAUUUACAGACCGACACCGCAUCGGUAUUGCACGAGGCUAUCGAGUACAUCAAGUUCCUCCACAAUCAAGUUCGUGUACUAAGUGCACCAUAUCUAAAGAAUGGUCAUCCAGUGCCACAGAUGAAGGAUUCGGAGAAAUCAAAGGAAUGCGUUGCGCAAAAUCAAGACCUAAGAAGCCGAGGCUUGUGCCUGGUUCCAAUCUCAAGCACAUUUGCUGUUGCCAAUGAGAUCCCAACUGAUUUUUGGACUCCUACCUUUAUGGGAGGAGGCUUUUCUUAGGGAACAUGGAGGCAUGCACUACUGAUCAGUGAUUUUGAAACCAGAUCGAAAAAGAGAUUGGCAUAUUAAUUUAACAGAUUGAAUCGGCCAAUAUACUGAUCCGGAUUCAAGAACACUGAAAGUAUAGCUAUAGCACUCUACAUAAAUAGGCCAAUUGAUCUCUUUUAGUUAUAGUAGGCAUAGGGGAAGAAAUGACUCAAUUAAUAACAUCAUUUGAUAUUAUCUUUUAUAGAAGACAGUAGAGAGAGUAAAGAGGAAGGAAAGGCAAGUGUGGUGGUGACCCAACAAAGUUAGCUAGCUAGGCAUGGUGUUUUGGGGCACCACUACUUGUUGUAUUGGAUGGAAUAUGGCAUGAUUAGUGGUUUGGAGUACAAUGGGGGCAUUAACUAAUUAAUUGAGGUUUUUCAUAUUGUAUGUAUUUUAUUAUUAUUUUUCUUUCUAACAAAUUAUUAUUUGGAGAGAAUAACAAGAGCAAGUGUGUGGCUUUUCUGACAGAAGGAUCAACUUUUUCUUGAUUGUUUAGUUGAA